AUGUUAAAAGAGAGUGAACUUGAAAUUGUUGUUCAACUAUUUCUGGAAGAAGAUAAUACAACAAAUGGUUCGAAAACAUUAACAUCAAAUAAAUCUUAUCAAGUACAAAAAACAGAAACAUUACAAAGUUCAUCGAAAGUUCAAGCACAAAGAAAGAAAACUGUUGGAUUUCAAUUCCGUGAAUCAUUAACAAGUUUAACGGCAGCAUUAAAUCUCACUGAACCUCAUUAUGUUUGUUGUAUAAAACGUAAUGAUGAAAAAGCUCCAUUUACAAAUAUAAAAAUAUUUUUUCGUGCUGGACAAGUUGCUUAUUUAGAAAAAUUACGUUCCGAAAAACUUCGUGCUUGUAUUAUUAAAAUUCAAACAACAUAUCGUGUUUAUUAUGCUCGUAAACGUUAUCUUAAAAUUCGACGUACGACAAUUGCACUUCAAAUAUUAUCUCGAAGAUAUUUAGCAAGAAAAUAUGCUCAACAAAUUCGUCUUACACGUGCUGUUACUUUAUUUCAAUCCUUAUGA